AAAUGGCAAGAUCAAUAAUGUCAUCAGAGCCUCUUGUUGUUGGGAGAGUGAUAGGAGAUGUUCUUGAUUCCUUCACUCAAAGCAUGGAGAUCUGUGUUUUUUAUAGUAAUAACAAGCAAGUUUUCAAUGGCCAUGAGUUCUUUCCUUCUGCUGUUGCUACUAAACCUAGGGUUGCAAUUCAGGGAGGAGAGUUGAGAUCUUUCUUCACGCUGAUUAUGACUGACCCAGAUGUUUCUAGGCCAAGUGAUCCUUAUUUAAGGGUGCAUUUACAUUGGAUCGUAACAGAUAUCCCUGGCACUACAGACACCACAUUCGGUAAGGAGAUAGUAAGCUAUGAGAUUCCAAUGCCAAACAUAGGAAUCCACAGGUUUGUUUUUGUUCUAUUCAAGCAGAAACGAAGACAAUCAGUGAAUCCACUCUCUUCAAGGGAUCAAUUCAACACCCGAGCCUUUGCCAUCGACAACGAUCUGGGUCUCCCCGUUGUUGUCGUCUACUUCAAUGCCCAAAAAGAAACUGCUGCCAGACGGCGUUAA